AUAAGCGUUGAGGAAACGGUGCUUGCGUCCGAACAGCGCAUGUUAGCUGCUAACUAAAACAAAACAACUUAACACCUAAUUUUCGGCGCCACAAGAGGCACAGUGUACCCAUGGAGGUUCUCGACUCUGCAGAGAAAACAAACGAUCCAAGCCUGUCUCUCUCAUCCCUCCAACUCCUGGUGCCACCUCUGCAGCUUCUGUCUGCCUCCAUGUGGCAGCUGGUGAAGCAGAAAGAUGUGAUGAACUACCAGAAGCUGCAGGAGUUCGUGUUCACAGUGACAGAGGCGAUUCCUGGUCUGAUCAGCCACAGGCAGAGAGCCCAGCUCAUCCUCGGACUCAGAGCGAGGUUGAUACUGGAGCUUUGCAAAGGCUCGACACGCGGUUCUGUUGAUUCUCAAGCAAUCCAGAGCCAUUUGGACAGACUCCCAGUAACCUCUGAAAACACAGAUUAUAGGGAUGCAGAGGUGAAAACAACAGAGUCUACUUUUGUCGCUCUGGUUCAAAGUCUGCUGAAAGAUCCAAUUGAGAGGGCAUAUUUUUUUCAGGAAGUGUUUCCAGUGGAAUACGGUCCACAGUAUGACUCAGCACUAAAUAUGUUAUUAUGGAAUCUGCUCUCCAAGCUGGAAAAGCUGCUUCCAGUACCAGACCUAAAGCAGACUGUAGCCUGGCUGGGCUCAGCUCCUUCUGUUUUGGGGGAAUGCAUUCAGUUGUCAACUGAAGAUCUGAGCUUUAUCUACCAGCACUACAAAAGUUCAGGACUACUGAAAAUGGCAUACGGUCCUUCUUCCACUGCUGGUAACUCCAUCAUGUCUGCAUUAUCAAUCCCUCCCUCACAAAAGACAAACGUAUCAGUUGGACUGGACGCCAUCCAUAACUACGCUAAUGUAUUGAACCCAGUCACUUUAGUGGGAACCGACCAGUACAGCGUGGUCACCGUUUACACUGAAGUGGAAGUCGGAGCAGCUGAAGUGGAUGAGCAAAUGAUGGAGUCGGCUGCAGUUCAAGUUCAGACAGAUUUCUAUGAAGAGGAGAUAGUGGCUGUAAGUGCUGAUAGCGCUGGCGACGAAGAGGCUCCUGCUGUGAGGGCUGAAGAAACGAGUGAGACUGUGGAUGUAGCGAAAGCUUUGGAGACUUUGACGAGAACCUUUGCAUUAAGGGGGCAAGACGUACUUACAGAAAAGAACAACCAGUCAACCAUAAAUGACGAUCUUGAACCAGGAAAGGGAACAGAUGAAGGAAAAAGCCAUGAAGGGCUUGAAAUAAGUGACCAAGUGACUAAAGGGAAACGGGAAGUCAUUGCAGAAGAAGUGACAGAUGAGUUCCAGCUUGGAGGCAUAGAGAGAAAUAUAUGCGCAGACCUGAAAGAUAAUUCAUUUUCUGCUCAAGAAAUGGCAGAAAUCCAGACCGAAAUGUCGGAAGCACAGGAGUUUGACACGUCAGGAAACAUGCGCAGAUCCACACGUCUGCAACUAAAGACUUCGCCGAGUUGCAACGAGACGUGUAAAAUAAAAAGGACAACAAGAGAAAAUCCCGAAGAACCAAAAAUGAGCACUGCUGAUGGAUCAGCUGCCCCUUCUGUGAUAGCCAUCAAAGGAUCUGACAAAGGAGAUUCACACGAGAUGACGUCUAUCAUCUUCACCUGCUCGCAGUGUCCUUUCCAUAACUCGGAUGAAAACAGUCCUCCACACUUCCACAUGCAGAGCGUUCGCAAAGAAGCAUACAGGACUCUCUCAGGAGUUAAAUUUACACCAUCCCCCUCCAGCACAGAUGAAAUAUUUACAUCUAUUAAACUUUUUCCCAGAGGAAACUCGGAGGAGAGAAAAGCAGAGCAGCCAGAGCAAAGCAGAGAGAGUGUUUCUCAGUUGCACGGCCGUCAGAGAUCACUCACAUGCGAAACAUGCGGUAAGACGUUCACCCGGACAUCGGAUGUCAGGAGACACCAGCUCACUCACACGGGAGAGAGACCGUUUCACUGCUCGCAGUGUGACCGAACCUUCCAGCACUCGUGGGAUCUGGCGAAGCACGAGAGCAAACAUCACGGCGUAGCCAUCUCCUUCACCUGCCAGGUAUGCAGGAGCUCCUUCGCUAACCUGAGGGCGUUGACUGUCCACCAUAAAAAGUCUCACUCGCAGGAGAGCCAGCUGCCUCAAAUGUGCUCCAUCUGCAGUCAGAGUUUCCCGACUCCGUCUGAGCUGCUGGAGCACAGGAAGUCCCACGUCACCGCUAAACGCUACAUCUGCCAGCAGUGCGGCGAAGGCUUCGACACCCUACUCGCACGCUCUCAGCACAGGCAGAUGCAUCAGGUGAAGCGUCAGUUUAAAUGUCCACAUUGUGAGAAGACGUACACUCGGAGGUCUGACGUUAAGAGACAUCUGUCCACCCAUACUGGGGAGCGACCCUACCAGUGCAACCAGUGCAGCAAACGAUUCUCGCUGCGCUUCAUGCUCAUCAAACACCUCCGUGUUCACACGGGUGAGCGCCCUUUCCAGUGCUCCCACUGCCCAAAGAGGUUCACCUUGGUGUCUGUGCUGGCCAGACAUGAGAGGAUGCACACCGGGGAGAAACCCUUCCUCUGUUCUCAGUGCGGGAAAGGCUUUUUGUCACAGGGCGAGCUCUCAAAACAUCACAGGUCACACGUGGACGACAGGCCGUACUCCUGCCCUCAGUGCGGGAAGCGCUUUAAGAGCAAGAAAACGCAGCAAGAGCACAUCGUCUCACACACUGGGGCCCGCCCCUACCCCUGCACUUACUGCGGGAAGGGCUUCACCAAACCCUACGCCCUCACCAGACACAACCUGAUCCACACAGGAGAGCGGCCAUUCCCCUGUGGACACUGUGAGAAGUCCUUCCUCACCCUCAGUGAGGCUCAGUUGCAUCAGAGAAUCCACACGGGGGAACGCCCGUAUCCCUGCGACACAUGCGAGCUGAAGUUCAAGAGCUCGUCCGAGCUGGCACGACACAAACGCAGCCAUUCUGGCUUAAAGCGGGUGAAGCCGCGCUGCGAGCGGUGCAUGAUGACGUUCGCAUCUAAUGCCAAACUGAAAGAACACAUGGAGACACAUAGAGACGAAGGAGACACAGUGCAGUCUGUAGAGACCAAGGAAUGAAACUUGUAACAGAAACUCCCAGAGGUUAAAUAAGUAGGGUGGGGAAGGAGAAGGAAUAUUUUGUUUAGAUGUUUAGAUUUAUAUAAUUGGAGAAAAUAUAUUUUAUGCAGAUCAGGAGCGAAACAGGCCCUCAGCUUGUCAGCAAAAUAGAUUUUUUUUCUUUUAAAAAAAUAAAUUUUUAUAUUGGCAGUUUUACUCUUUUCACUUCACAACAAGGAAAUCAUAUUCAAAAUACUUUCAAACGGAAGAUGAACAAAAACUGCUCCUGUAGUGGACUUUUUCACUGCAUGUACUGCCUUUUUCCUUCUUUGUGUUGCCAUUGUACUAUUGCCCACCUGAAACCAAAGAUACUACCAGCAGGUAGUAAAGAAAGGAAAAACAUGAUUAUCUAGACUUCUUGGAGUACUGUUGUCAUCAAACAUUAAAAUGAGCAUCAUGCAAUAAAUCAUCCUUUUAUGAUGUAUGUAAUAUUUCUUUUUUUGCUGAGAAAGUGUUGUAUGUUGGAUUGCAUUCAACUUUAAGGCCAAACCAAGCAACCUCAAAGGGUUACAUAGUUCAGUGUUGUGAUGAGUAACAAUGACAGGAAAUCAGAGGUUGAUAUCUCGGCGGCUACUGAAUGCAUUAUUGUGAAAUGUGGUCAGACAUGCACAUCCUCCCCCUCAGGACUAUUUAUAAUACCUGUACAGAAACAGGUUUUCUGUCACCGCCAUUGCCUUACAUCUGUAGUGAUAAUUCUGCUCAUUAGUAAGUCUUAGCACUUUGUUGCGGUAAGUUUCUUCCAUUUAGGCUUUAAUAAUUUGAGACGAUAAAAGACCUGAACAUACACAACAUGCAAAAUGCAUGGACGGAUUAUGAAAGUUUAGGGCCUCUGGGCACAUGUAUCUUCCUCACUCAUCCCACAGAGAAGCUGAAAACCACGCAGAGUUUUGGUAGUUUUGUCUCACCAAAUAGACAGUUUGCUGAUGUUCUACAACAUUUUGUCUCAUUACAGUCAUGUUUUAUCCUAUGUUGGAUCUUUGUGUAUCAUUUGAUUGUUUUUUUUAAUCUCUUUAUCUUUCUGUGUCUCGGUUUUUGUUUCAUAUCUCAUUUUGCACCACUGAUCAUAAAUGCACCCUCUCCAACUUUUCAUUGCUCUUUGAGGUCCUUUAUGUUCUGUUUGUCUCUUCUUCUUUCUUUCUUUUUUUUGUUUGAUUUUGUGUCUCUGAUUCAGUUUUGUCCGAUCACCAUCUCGUUUUGUGACAUACACGAGGGGCCCAUUUAGGACCUGCAAGCAAGCCUUAAUUUGUUUAAAUGUGGAACUCUUGCGAAAACGUGCUUGGUGACAUUUGGUGCUGUUGAGGUGACCUUGAAAAAUGAUUCUGCAUGUCAGGUGAUGUGUCUUCUUUAUUUGUGUCGGCAGUUCACAUAAAAA